AUGCAACUCCCCCUCCACACCCUCCUAUCCCUCCUCGCGGUCGGCCCCACCCUCGUCACCGCCCACGCAACCCUCAUCUCCCUCUCCAUCGCCGGCCAAGACCAAGGCAAAGGCGCCGACAAAUACAUCCGGGCCCCCGCCACCAACGACCCGAUCCGGGACCUCACCAGCCCCAACAUAAUCUGCAACACCAACGGCGGCAAGCCGGCCCCCUCCUUCGUCAAAGCCGCCGCCGGUGACAAGCUCACCAUGCGCUGGUGGCACUACAACCCGGACGAUCCGAACGAUUACCCGCUCGACCCGUCCCACAAGGGCGCUUUGCUGACCUAUGUUGCUCCCUACACCACGGGGGACGGGCAAGGCGGGAUCUGGACGAAGAUCGCGGAGGAUGGGUUUGAGGGGGGCAAGUGGGCGACAGAGAAGUUGAUUGCGAAUAAUGGGAAUGUGGAGGUGACGUUGCCGAGCGCGUUGGCGGCGGGGAGGUAUUUGGUGCGGCAGGAGAUUGUGGCGCUGCAUCAGGCGGAUUUUGCGGGGAAUGAUCCGGCGCAUCCGGGACGGGGCGCAGAGUUGUAUCCGGGUUGUGCGCAGGUGGAGGUUACCGGGGACGGGGGGAAGAAGCCGGAUCAGGGGUUUGAUUUUAAUAAGGGGUAUAAGUAUGAUGAUAAGGGGUUGCAUUUUAAUAUUUAUGUGCCUUUUGAUAGUUAUACGCCGCCGGGGCCGAGGCCUUGGAAGGGGUAG